AUGUCGAGCCUGUUCAAGAAAGCCAAGAGCGGGGUCAAGGUUGCGUACAAGGAGGCCUACAAGGAGGUCAACGGCGUCGUGCAGCAGGGCCAGCAGAAAUGGGCCCAGCACCAGCAGCAGCAGCAACCACAGGCGCAACCGCAGGCACAACAACAGCAGCAGCCAGGCGGCCAGUACGGCAACACCCAGUCCGGUGAUCAGUACAGCCAAUAUGGCCAGUACCAACAGCCGGCAGGUGCCCAGCAGCAGCAGUACGACCCCUACGGCCAGCCGCCAGACCCGAAUGCGACCUUCCAGCAGCAGCAACCACAAGCUACCCCGCCAUCCGCCCAGUAUUACCAUCCCGACCAGCCUCAGCAAGAGCUCGAGGACUAUGCGCCACCGCCCGGUCCGCCGCCUUCCCAUCCCUCCUUUGCCCAGCAGGACCAGUACUCUACCUACCAGGCACCGCCUGAACCACCGCAACAGCAGCAGACCUACCAAACCCUUCCCUCGCCGUCAGCUCCUGCUCCGCUCAACACCUUUGCGCCGCAAUCCCCUCCUCCGGUUGAGCCCCUCCAGCCUUCACCUAUUCCGCCCGCUCAACAAGAUCCGCUCGCGUCUAAGCUAGAGUCGCUUACCCUCCAGCAACCUCCCAUCCAUCAGUCUCCAGCGCUUGAGAAACAACUACCUACUUCCCCGACUUUCUCUCCCGAACCCACGCCGUCUGCGCAGCCCGCCCAGUCCCCGACCACAUCCCGAUCCCACGAGCUCCCACCACCGACAUUGUCAAAACCGAGCCAUGGCUGUCUGGCGUUGCUCGCCGUGAUGGUGGAGGCCAAUCCUCCCUAUGUCCUCCACCCACAGACGCGCGCCGAACUCGGCAUCGAAGAGCUCGACCUCGCCGUUUGCGCCAACUGCUUCGCUGCCCAUGUUGCGCCUUAUCCCAGCCUGGCUCCCUACUUCAUCCUCUACCAGUCGCCCCCCCGUGAUCCGAACAGCCGCGCGCGGAUGAGUUACUCCAGAUACACUUGCGAUCUUGGCAUCCCUCGCGGUCUACAGACUGUACGUCAAUGCGCGGCCCAGAACAAUAUCCAGCCCUUGCUAGGGUUGCCUCAGGUGCUGUCAAAGUUCCAGGACUGUAUGGGUGUGUUGAAGCCCUCUACGGAAGGCAUGUGGACGGUCCAGGAGGACAAUGAGUGCGGCUUAUGCCACGCAUGCUACGAGCUGCACGUCCGUUCCACCCCAUUCGAGCGACACUUUUACUUCAAGAAUGGCACCAGUACGGAGACAGAGUCGCAAUGGGCUUGUGACCUCGGCCUUGGUGGUGCGGUUGGCCGCAUGCUUACAAAGGAACUCCGGUCUCCUUCCCCCGACUAUCGUCGCUGGGUGUCCAUCUCCAUUGCGCGCCACUCCUUGCCAUUCUCAUGUCCUGGAGAAGGCAUUGCGCUCACCGAGACCCAGAGCGAUCUCGUGUAUGCCGCUAAGGCUCCUGAUAUUGGUAUUUUCUGUCGCUCUUGCUAUUACGACCAUGUCUUGGGCACGCCUCUGGAGAGCGUCUGCCACGAGAUCCAGCUUCCUCCCGAACAGUUAGCUACUACUGCCUGUAAUUUAGCCAGUAGCUUCUCUCAGUUCGCCAUGAGAAUUGCAGUCAGGCGAGGUGACUUCUCUGUCUGGACCAAGGCCGUCGAGAUUCAGCCCAAAGUACCUGCCUGUGUCGGGCUUAUUGGUGUCGACGAGGCAGAGCUGCGCUCUCCUCAGGAAUUUCACUGGUACAAGUUGCGCGCCCACCCAAACAUCGAAAUCUGCCCGUCUUGCUACCACAUAUGCAUCCAAGUGUUUGGUAUGGAUAACCUCUUUGAGCGUCUAGACAGGCCACUUGUCGAUGGGCUUGUCCGUCAGUGUUUCCUGACGCUCGUUGUUGAAGACGAUGAUCACAGCGUGGACGACAUCAACAGCUUCACCAGCACGGUCUCAUGGCGUGGUAAGGUCCUCCGGGACGGCAUCGCUUUCAAUAGCGUAUCAUAUGGUGACAUCCGUCCCUUCAAUGCCUACGCCGAACUGAUCGCUGCGAUGCCGCCCCCUUGCUUCAUGAACUCUCGGGUAUGCCUGCCUGCGAACAACAGACAGUACCUGGGCCACUCGGCCAACCCAGACGACCCCGACGAUUUCCACUUCGCCGUGUGUGCCGAGUGCUUCGCCAACCACGUCAAAGGCACCGACCUCGAGUACAUGAUGACGGAUAAGACUGCCGCCGUCAAUGCCCUUCCAGAAGGCUUCGUCUGCCAGUCUCAUACCCUGCGGGUACGGCGCGUCCUCAGCGAAGCCAUGACCCGAGGGGACUGGGAGCACUUUGCCCAGUACUGGCGGAAGAGGCAGGAGGUAUUCCAGAGGUUCCUGGCUGCCAAGGCACGCUACGACGCCCAGAUGCAGAAGCAGCUGGCCAUGAAGGCGCAGGCAGAUAUGCAGGGCCAGAUGAUGGCCAUCAACCUGAUGCAAAGCCUCAAUGCUAACCAGAAUGCCAUCAUCUCUGGCAUCGGCGGAUCCGUGGCCGAGGCUGCCGCGAGUGAUAAUGGCCAGCGGUUUGGAAACUCAUCGGUCGGUCACGGAUAUCUGACAGCCAAUGGUGCGAGGGCUGCAAUGGACCAGCAGCAGGCACUCCAGUUUGCGGCUCAGUUGCCGGUCAAGGACAUGAGUCUAUACCAGGAUAGCGGGAACACGAUAUCGGACAGCUAUGUCAUCCAGGCUAUUUGGGAUGACGUGAAGAAGGAAUGGGAAGCCUUCCAGUAA